UUUUUCCGUAUCCCUACAUGGAAAAAGCACGAAGGAGAGCAUGUGUCCGAUGUGACAAUAAGACGUUGGAUUUCUUGGGUGGCUUCAAUUAGAAGAAGGACAUCACUUUCGACCUCAUCUCCCAGUCGAUGAGAGCGUGUUCUCUGCAUUUUCAUUCGGGUAAACCAUCAUAUGAGAUGUUUGAGAACCACCCUGACUGGAAACCAUCUUUGCGGUUAGGCCACAGUGAUGUUAAGAAAACCGAUGAAGUGAGAUUUCAGCGGCAAGCAAAGCGCAGGACCCAGGAGCAGCUGUUGCUGCCGCAGCAUCAGGACCAGCUGCCAUCCCCAGCGCAGCACCAGGAGCAAGUGCCACCGCUGGAACAGCAUCAGGACCAGACGCCAUCCCCAGUGCAGCACCAGGACUAUCCGCACCAGCAGCCGCCAUCUCCGGCACAACACCAGCAGCCGCCAUCUACGGAACAGGAGUGUGCACUCUGCACAUCUAGACGAGAUGUUAUCAACUGUCUUUUGGAGGAAAACAGAAAGCUGAAGGAGGAGCUUGAAGAGUACCGGAUGAAUGAGAACUUUCUGAGUGGUGAUGACAACAGAGUGAAGUAUUACACGGGACUUCUGAAUUAUGUAAUGUUUCAGACACUUCUGCUCAGUCUCAUGCCAUAUCUGCCUCAAGGAAUGUUGAAGAAGCUCUCACCCUUCCAGCUUGUCCUGUUGACUAUUAUGCGCCUCAGACUAGACCUGCCAAUACAGCACCUCGGCCGUCUGUUUCGGCUGCACAGGACAACAGCCAGUGAUGCCUUUCACCAUACUCUGUGUGAUGUACUCACGGCUGUCUCCAUUGGUGUACUGGCCAAGCAGAGAAUGUUUAUUGGCCAGUAUGCCCCACCAGUUUGUGGAAUCGUUCGGGAAAAAUGUGGCCGCCAUUGUGGACUGUUUUGAGGUUUUUAUCGAAAAACCCUCAAAUGUACUUGCAAGGGCACAGACAUUUUCUCAGUAUAAACACGCAUACACCAUAUAUCCGAAGGGUGGGGUGGGCGCGCUAGUGACAAAA